UAUGCUCGCCUCUUCGGCACCGGUUCAUGGUCCUCUUGUAUGGGUAUAGUAGGAAAAUAAAGAGAGGCUAGGGUUUGAGCGGUUCAAUUUUCAGAUAAGGGGCGGGGUGCCCUUGUCAUUGCCGGACCAGGGUUUUUCAUGGUUUUGCAUCGAGCAAAUUUUGAAAAGCACAGUUCAGAUGAAUCGCGAAAAGCUUAUGAAGAUGGCCGGUGCAGUUCGCACCGGUGGAAAGGGUAGCAUGCGAAGAAAAAAGAAGGCGAUUCAUAAGACUACAACCACAGAUGACAAAAGGCUUCAAAGUACCCUGAAAAGAAUAGGGGUGAAUGCUAUCCCUGCUAUCGAGGAAGUCAACAUUUUUAAGGAUGAUAUAGUCAUCCAGUUUUUGAACCCUAAAGUUCAAGCCUCAAUUGCUGCCAACACUUGGGUUGUCAGUGGCUCUCCUCAGACAAAAAAAAAAUUGCAAGAUCUUCUCCCAGGGAUCAUCAACCAUUUGGGGCCAGAUAACCUGGACAAUUUGAGGCGGCUUGCAGAGCAGUUUCAGAAGCAGGUACCGGGAGCAGUUGCAACACAGGAAGAUGAUGAUGACGUCCCAGAACUUGUUGCUGGAGAGACAUUUGAAGCUGCUGCUAAUGAGGCUCCUCCCUCUUAGAGAUGUCUUUCAGAAGCCUUCUGUUUGUUUUUAGUAAUUUUACUAGCAGUGACCCGUGCGAUGCACGGGAUGCUGUAUUUCUACUUUUUUACAUGUAGAAUAGUAGAAUAAUUUUCUUUUCUUUUUUAUUUAUUAAGCUUCAAACCUUCCUUUUUAUAUAGUUUAUAUAUUAUGAAAAACAUAUAAACCAACUAUGGUGGCUCAGUUGA